UGUAACAGUUAUAAAUAUAAACAUGGCAGCUUAUAAUAACAAACAAAUUCAACAUUCCAACGAUUUAUAUCAUUAUUUAACAAUCAAUAUUAACAACAUAUGUCGAAUAUGUUUGGAAAAAGGACCGAAACUUAUGCCGAUAUUCGAUCCAAUAAAACCACCGCACUUUUCGAUACUUAUAAUGGCUUGUGCUGCAGUACAAGUUCUACAAGGUGAUGGCUUACCACCUUACAUCUGCCAAAAAUGUUUAUCCAAAUUAAAUGUAGCAUUUCAGUUUAAAACACAGUGUGAGUCCUCGGACGCAAAAUUACGUCAAUGUUUCGAAAGUUUUCAUAAUUUACCUUCCGCUCCGGAUUUAACUGGUUUCGUAGAAAUAAAAAAGGACGAAAACAGGGAAACUUAUCAAGAAAAUAACGAUGGAGGAACAAAAACUAACGAUACUCAAAAUAAUUUGGAUGUAACGGAAAUACAUAGUAAUCUAAUAGAACCAUCGGAUACGCAAAUACUACAAAAUGUGCAGCUGGAAAGUGGUGUAGACUCAACAUCAGUAUUUGAUAUUCAUAGGAAUAACUUUCUAGAAUUAGAUGCCGAUUUUGGGAAUAGCAAACAAGAUAAUGAUAAGUUAAACGAUAUGCUAGUAUUAGAUUCAAAAAAAAUAAAAAAAGAAAAACAACACCAGUGCAACGUAUGCACGAAAAUAUUUAGAACCAAACCGGGAUUAGUUCAUCACAUUAGAAUCCAUACGGGAGAGAGACCAUACAUUUGUCAUUUGUGUGAAAAGAGAUUCAUUAACGGAGGUCAUCUCCAUACCCAUAUGAGAACUCAUACGGGCGAGAAGAACCAUAUAUGUGCAGCUUGUAAUAAGGCUUUCGCGACUGCACAGCAAUUAACUAAACAUACAAUAGCCAUUCACACAUCAGAAAGACCUUAUGGAUGUACUUAUUGCAACAAAAGAUUCGCCAGUUCUAGUAAUUUGAAUACUCACACGAAAAUCCAUACGGGUGAGAAAAACUACCACUGUGAUCAAUGCGGAAAGGCGUUUUCAACAAAGGGUCAACUCUACCAACACAUGUUGAUACAUACUGGAGAAAAAGCGUAUUUGUGCGAAAUAUGCAACAAAAGGUUUUCGCAAAAAGCCCAUUUAGUUAGACAUUUAAAAACUCAUAGGUCCUAGGAUAAGAAAAAGUGAAAAUACAAAAUGAUAUUUUUGAAAUAUAUAUUUUUAUAUAAUUUUUUUUGUCUUUGGUUAUUUCAAAAUAAAUUUUUUUGUGUUUUUA